UAAGAAAAACCCCACCAAAAAAUCCCAACUAAUUUUUCUGAAACAAUGGCCUGAAAAUUCUAGAAAAUUAAAACUAACUUUCUUUAAAGAAGCUGAUAAUCAAUCUCACAGAGAAUUUGUUUAGCCUACAAAAGGGCAGGUAUUGCCUUUGGUAUGGAAGUUCAGCUGAGAUGCUUGAUGAGGAAACUUAAACCUGAAGCACAGAUGCAACCUCUUUUAUAGCAUAUUAAUUUAGUUCUAAUUAUAGAGAUUGGUAUUUGCAAUGCUGCUUCCUCCAGAUCAAAAAACACUCUCUCCCUUCCUGCCCACAAAGUGAAACAAUAAAAAUGAAAGAAAGUUACCGUAAGUCUUAAAUAAAACAAGAAUAUGAGAAAGAAUAUGUGCUUCAGGCAGCAAGUCCAAACUGAAUCAUCAAAUACAGUUGUGUUCUCCGGUCACCUUGCCUCUGGGAGGAUCCUGUGUGGGUCUCUUGUGUGCCCUACUCUUUGGAGGAAAAACUGGUUGUAUGUUGCUUAGUAAGUAAGGCAGUAAAAGCACAUGGAAGUUUAAAGUAUUUAACAUUUUAGGGUUUUCUGUUUUUAUUUUGCUCAUUACAGAGGGUAUUUAAACUGGGGAAAAUAAUAAACUGCAAAAUCUCCAGAGCUGGAGUAGAAGUGACAUGCAGAAGCUUCAUGCUGUCAGCUCAGCCUGCUUGUGCAUUUGCUGAGUGUAGCAUAUUUAACUGCAGGUUAGUUUGGGAGCUUGCAAGCUUUGAGGCUUUUUUUGUUUGGUUCAUUUUCUGGAUGUUUUUUUUUUUACUGCUUUGUAGCAAAAUAUUAAGAUGAAAAUACUAAAAUAGCAGAAAGGUUUUACUCCUAAAAUCUGUCAUCCAGUCUUCUUGCCACUUUACAUCACUUGGUGCAAUUCCUGUGGGCUAGCUGGUACUGUGCCAAGUUAAAUUUGAUUUCUGCUUUGGUUUGAAGAAAGGAUGAAGAUUGUGAACUUGAAAGGAGAGGAAAUGUGCAAGGAUAGAAUUUAUAAUGUCAGAACUCCGCAUUUGGGGGGUAAUUAAAUCACACAGUGCGCAAUUGCCAGGAGCUCAAGCCUGAGAUUAAUUUGCAAACCUGGUAGAAAAACGGCUACAGAAUUGCUUUUUGAAUUUGACCUUUUUUUUUUUCCACUCUCUUGAAUAGAAGAGGGAGUGAGGAACACUUAUUCCAACAAGAACCUGAUCUGGGGAGGUGGCCAAAACCAUGAUAAUGUCUGUACACUUUAAAUAGCACAUCCUCUUUCUGUCUGAUUUUAUGUGUAUGCUGGUUAUAGGUUUUGGGGUUUUUUUAAUUCUUCUGCUUAAGUUACCUCGGAUAUUUCUAUCUGAACCAAACUGUAAUGUUUUUUUCCCCUCUUUUGGUAGCUGCCUCAUGACAGAAUAAAAACUGGAUGCAAGUUGUGCAUUGAGAAGUGAUUGAUGUGUGCUUGUGCAGCUUGUAGCACUAUGAGAAACACAGGUGCAGCUGAUGAUGUUUGCUAGAAGUAGAUUGAAAAAGCAAGAAAAUGAAUUUUCACUUCUGCACAGAAAACCUGUUAUAAAACUGCAGGGCAGGAAGCAAUUCCGGAAGCAAAAACUCCAUUUGUUACUGCGGGACAAAAUGAAGAGGCUUCUCCAAGGCCAGGUAGAUGAUAAUUCAAACCAUGCACAUCGCUGCCAGCUCUCCCCAGUGGAGAUUGAGUCAGACAUGUUUGUUUGUGGAAUGAACAGGAGCUCUCCAAGUACUGAGUUUUCCAUGGCUGGAGGGGACUUCCAUCAGGAUGGAGGACAUGAUUCCAAGGGAGUGAGUGAAGUGUGUGUUGGUGAGGUGGAACUGAACUGGGGUGGCUACGUAAAAAUACCAUGUUCAGUUCAGCAGAACAAGAAGGACUUGCAGGGAAGUUCUGGUGGUAUCACUCAGACCUCUUCUGAAAUAAAGGGCAGAGUGUCUGAGGGGCAGGACCUUUCUUCCCUGAGCAUUACCAUGAGCUGGAGGGAUGCAGCUGAAAGGCAAGUGUGCUUUCCCAAGGAAAAGACCAUUGCAUACAAGAGUCGAAGAAGGCAGUCAAGAGACCGCUCAGCUGAUGUGGUUGAUUACAUAGUUAAAGAGCUACAGGGAAUAAGUCGAAUCCAGACAGAGAUUGCAGAGCUCCGUCAGCACCUCACCUUGAUAAAAGGCUCUGUGGAUGAAGUCUCCAGCUGUGUGGACACUGUCUUGAGUGAGAUAGAAGGCCUGCAAGGUGGUUCCAGUGGAAAAACCCAGGCUACACAUGCUCGAGAGCCAAGAGGGGAUGUACAAAAGGAAGAACCAGUGUUGUAUUUUUAUGGCAUCCCAGAGAAAGAUGAUGAAAACACAGUAGAUCUUAUCUGCAGUCUUUUGUCUGAAUAUCACUGUUUCAAUGGUAUUCAGUGCAGUAAGUAUAUAAAAGAUGCUUAUAGGUCAGAUAUUGGUACAGGCAAGCCAUUAACGCCAAGACCAGCAGUUGUGAAACUUGUGAGUUGUGAACAGAGAGACUUUAUUUUACAGAAGUCUAUCCUUCUGCAGAGCUCAGGGGUCCGGGUUGCUACUAGUGAGGAGCAAAAGAGGCAGAAUGGCCAAAGGGGCCAGAAAACAGAUUCAGUCUCUUCGCAGUCUGGCUUGAAGAAAAACAAUCAUAAUUCUGUGAAUCCUGAUGGAGCUCAGAGAACUGAUGCAGUUGGGCACCUCCAGACUGACUCAUGCCAGGUUAAGUAUAAAAGCACAAGUAGGACAGCAGAGUGUGCAGGGGACAGACUUGAUUCUGAGCAGAAGUCAGCCUUGACCAAGAAAGACACCUUGAUACUUGAAGCUGGAGAGGAAGCACAAACAGUAAGCUGCAGUGAGCAGCCUUCAGAUGACAGGGACCUUGCUGAACCUCCACAGGUGACCAUUUCACCUAAAUCAGGUGAUGGGAAUCACUGCUGCUCAUCUGACUCUUCGGGCCAUGCAAGCCAGAUGUGUGCUUCAAGUAAUGGUAGUGAGCAGAGGCUUGACACUAAAAGCAUCACUGAGAAUUCUUCUUCUCUUCUAGAAAAAGAUGAGGGGAUAACCACAGAAGAAAUUGAAACAGACUAUGAUAACUCUUGCAAAUUUACCAGUGCAGAGAAAGGUGAUGUUCAAAGAGAAGAUGUAUCCAGUGGGGUGACAACCAUUAGUUAUGAUCAUACAACAGAUGAAAUGGCUGACAGUAGUGACAGCUUGAAAGAUAUGAUCCAAAUGGACCUGAAUGAUCAAGAUCCAACUGAUCAGGUCUUUAGGGAUGUCCUGGAAAAUUCCCAGUAUUUCCUUGACCACUCCCGGGACAACAUUGAUCUUGUAGACAUGAAGUUUUACACUAAUAAGCUUGGGAAAGCUAUUCACCACUUCAGGUCUGCUCUGCAAGUGGUGUUCCAUAAACUGGAGACAAGUGAUUCUGAAAUCCUUUUGGAAAAUGAUAGUGGCUUACAGAUGGAUGAUGACAACACGCUUAUGCUGACCAGUUCAGGUAUGGGCGGCAGCUCUGACUACUUUGCAGAAACCCCUCCUAGUCAGUCCUCUGAGAGCCAGGCAAAUGCAAAUGCCAACAGUGAAGCAUCUGCUCAGAUGCAAUUUGCUCCUUCCAGUCUUUCCUCUGUUUCGCAAGAGCCUCCCGUUUCCAGUGUGCUGCCAUCAUCUGUCUGUGAAAUCCCUGCUAGGCAGCAGUUACCUCCUGAGGAGCUUGGAGAAGAUGGGAACUGUCUACCUGAGCCAGGAAAGGAGGGCAGGCCCAUGAGCCUUGACAAGGUGUGCGCAGAGACCAUCUACCUGAACAAAUGCAUCAACAAUUUCAAAAAUGUGCUGAGGGAAAAGAGACAAAUGCGUAGGAGACUCUUAAAAGAAUUAGCACAGGAGGGAAACUGGAUUUCUGCUGAGGAGACAAAUUCAGAAGGAGGUAGAGGAGAGCUCCAGGUUGUACAUGUUGUCCCUUGUAACCAGCAUCUCUUUCUGAAACCCCUGUGUGGCCAAGAUGAGGCUGAUCCAUCAAAACCACCAUGGCUCAAAGGAGGGCCUGCAGGUGGUCUCUAUGGCAUCGAUAGCAUGCCUGAUCUGCGCAAAAAAAAGCCAAUUCCACUUGUCAGUGAUCUGUCACUGGUUCAGUCCCGAAAAGCCGGAAUUACCUCAGCAAUGGCUACUAGAACAUCUCUCAAAGAUGAAGAGCUGAAAUCUCAUGUCUAUAAGAAGACCUUGCAAGCCUUAAUUUACCCCAUCUCUUGUACAACCCCACACAACUUUGAAGUGUGGACAGCCACAACUCCUACGUACUGCUACGAGUGUGAGGGGCUGCUGUGGGGCAUCGCGCGGCAGGGAAUGCGCUGCGGGGAGUGCGGGGUCAAGUGCCACGAGAAGUGCCAAGACCUGCUCAAUGCUGACUGCCUGCAGAGAGCAGCAGAGAAGAGCUCAAAGCAUGGAGCUGAAGACCGGACCCAGAAUUUCAUCAUGGCCAUGAAGGAUCGCAUGAAAAUCCGGGAGCGGAACAAGCCUGAGAUCUUUGACUUGAUCAGAGAUGUGUUUUGUGAGAGCAAAAUGACACAUGCUCAGCAGAUGAAGACAGUGAAACAGAGUGUGCUGGAUGGUACCUCAAAAUGGUCAGCAAAGAUCACGAUCACUGUGGUGUGUGCUCAGGGUCUGCAGGCCAAAGAUAAGACGGGGUCGAGUGAUCCAUAUGUAACUGUUCAAGUGGGUAAAACGAAGAAGAGGACAAAAACGAUCUUUGGGAAUCUGAACCCUGUAUGGGAAGAGAAGUUUUACUUUGAGUGCCAUAAUUCCUCUGACCGGAUCAAGGUGCGAGUGUGGGAUGAAGAUGAUGACAUCAAGUCUCGUGUCAAGCAGAGGCUGAAACGCGAGUCAGAUGAUUUCCUGGGGCAAACAAUCAUUGAAGUUCGCACUCUGAGUGGAGAAAUGGAUGUGUGGUACAACCUUGAGAAGCGAACAGAUAAGUCUGCAGUGUCCGGGGCUAUUCGCCUACAAAUCAGUGUGGAGAUCAAAGGCGAGGAGAAAGUGGCUCCAUAUCAUGUUCAGUACACUUGCCUUCAUGAGAAUCUCUUUCACCAUCUCACAGAUGUGCAAGGGAAUGGGGUGGUGAAGAUCCCUGAUGCCAAAGGAGAUGAUGCAUGGAAGGUGUAUUUCGAUGAGACAGCCCAAGAGAUCGUGGAUGAAUUUGCAAUGCGUUAUGGCAUUGAGUCAAUAUACCAGGCCAUGACGCAUUUUGCAUGUCUCUCCUCUAAAUACAUGUGCCCAGGCGUGCCAGCUGUGAUGAGCACCUUACUUGCCAAUAUCAAUGCUUAUUAUGCACACACCACUGCCUCCACAAAUGUGUCUGCUUCGGACCGCUUUGCAGCCUCCAAUUUUGGGAAAGAACGAUUUGUGAAACUUCUGGAUCAGCUUCAUAAUUCACUUCGGAUUGAUCUCUCAAUGUACAGGAAUAACUUCCCAGCCAGCAGCCGUGAGCGGCUGCAGGACCUGAAGUCUACAGUGGAUUUGCUGACCAGCAUCACCUUUUUCAGGAUGAAGGUCCAAGAGCUUCAGAGUCCACCCCGAGCUAGCCAGGUGGUGAAGGACUGUGUAAAAGCUUGCCUCAAUUCCACCUACGAGUACAUUUUCAACAACUGUCAUGAGCUGUACAGUCGGGAGUACCAGACAGAUCCUAACAAAACUCAGGACCUUCCUGCCGAGGAACAGGGCCCCAGCAUCAGAAACCUUGAUUUCUGGCCCAAGCUCAUCACUUUGAUAGUUUCCAUCAUAGAAGAGGACAAGAAUUCUUAUACCCCAGUCCUGAAUCAGUUUCCUCAGGAGCUUGCAGUUGGGAAGAUCAGCGCAGAGGUGAUGUGGAGUCUUUUUGCCCAGGAUAUGAAAUAUGCCAUGGAAGAGCAUGAGAAACACAGACUGUGUAAAAGUGCGGACUAUAUGAAUUUACACUUCAAAGUGAAGUGGCUGUACAAUGAAUACGUUCGUGAUCUGCCUGCCUUCAAGGGAAAAGUGCCUGAAUAUCCAGCGUGGUUUGAGCAGUUUGUGAUGCAGUGGCUGGAUGAAAAUGAAGAUGUUUCCUUAGAUUUCCUACACGGUGCUCUGGAGAGAGAUAAAAAAGAUGGGUUCCAGCAAACAUCCGAGCACGCUCUGUUCUCUUGCUCAGUGGUGGAUGUGUUCACCCAGCUCAACCAGAGCUUUGAGAUCAUUAAGAAGCUGGAGUGCCCAGACCCUGUCAUUGUUGCCCACUACAAUAGGAGAUUUGCAAAGACUAUUGGGAAAGUGCUGAUGCAGUAUGCUGACAUACUCUCCAAGAGCUUUGAGUCCUACUGUUCCAAGGAGAAACUGCCCUGCAUCCUGAUGAACAACAUCCAACAACUGCGGGUGCAGCUGGAGAAGAUGUUUGAAGCCAUGGGUGGUAAAGAGUUGGAUGCAGAAGCAAGUGACCAUCUCAAAGAGCUCCAGGUGAAGCUGAACAAUGUUUUGGAUGAGCUCAGUGCAGUGUUUGGUAACAGCUUUCAGACACGGAUUGAUGAAUGUGUCAAGCAAAUGUCUGAUAUCCUCUGUCAAGUGAAAGGGACAGCAAAUUCUGCUGCUAAUGCCAGAAACACAGUUGCACAAGAUGCAGAUAAUGUCCUGAGGCCACUGAUGGACUUCCUGGAUGGAAACCUGACACUGUUUGCAACUGUAUGUGAAAAGACAGUGUUGAAACGGGUGCUGAAAGAGCUCUGGAGGGUGGUAAUGAACACCAUGGAGAAGCUGAUUGUGCUGCCUCCUCUUACAGACCAUACGGGCACACAGUUGAUUUUCAGUGCUGCUAAGGAACUGGGACACUUGUCAAAGUUGAAGGAUCAUAUGGUGAGAGAAGAAACCAGGAGCCUCACUCCAAAGCAGUGUGCUGUUCUGGACCUGGCACUGGAUACAAUCAAACAAUAUUUCCAUGCUGGUGGGAAUGGUCUGAAGAAAACCUUCUUGGAGAAGAGUCCAGACCUACAGUCACUUCGAUAUGCUCUCUCCCUCUACACUCAGACCACGGACACUCUCAUCAAAACGUUUGUCCAGUCUCAGACAGCUCAGGUGCAUGAUGGGAAAGGUAUAAGGUUUACCGCUAAUGAGGACAUUCUUCCUGAUAAGGGCUCCGGUGUGGAUGAUCCUGUGGGAGAAGUGUCCAUCCAGAUCGACCUGUACACCCACCCAGGAACUGGGGAGCACAAGGUCACGGUGAAAGUUGUGGCAGCCAAUGACCUGAAGUGGCAGACGUCUGGCAUGUUCCGUCCAUUUGUUGAGAUCACCAUGAUUGGGCCCCACCAGAGUGACAAGAAGAGGAAGUUCACAACCAAGUCAAAGAGCAACAACUGGGCUCCAAAAUACAAUGAAACGUUUCAUUUCAUCCUGGGGAAUGAAGAUGGUCCUGAUGCCUAUGAGCUCCAAGUCUGUGUGAAGGAUUACUGCUUUGCCCGGGAGGACCGGGUUCUGGGGAUAGCAGUGAUGCAGCUCAGAGACAUAGCAGACAAAGGAAGCUGUGCUUGCUGGUGCCCCCUCGGGCGCAGGAUUCACAUGGAUGAGACUGGACUCACAAUCCUGAGGAUUCUCUCUCAGAGAACCAAUGAUGAAGUUGCCAAGGAAUUUGUGAAGCUGAAAUCUGAGUCCCGCUCCACAGAGGAAGGCACCUGAGCUGAGCUGUUCUCUUUCCUCUUCUGCCUUGUGCCAAUAUGUGCAAGUGUUCAACAAUUCUUUUAUUAAUUGCAAAAGGUUUUUUCAUGUUGUCUUUGUCAGCUCCGAUAGCGCACGUGUGCUGUAUAGGAAACAAAUCCAUCAAUCUGAUGUGAAUUAUUUAUUUUUUAGUAGCUGGGUAAGACACCAUAGAGAAUGAGACAAUCUCUUCUUAUUUAACAUGUAAAUUCUGCUUUGUGUAUAUAAAUUAUUUUAUAUUGGAGGCUGGAAUUGCUGGGUUUUGUUGAUAUGCAGCACUGUGAUUUUAUCCUCUGAAUGUGGCAGGCAUUAAAAAGGUUCUGCGUAAUCACACUACGAUGCAAACACAACUGUGUGGAAAUUGGGAGGAGAUGAUUUGAGGGGUUUGACAAAGCACAGUUAUCUCUCAUUGAAUACACAUACUGUGGAGCUGCCUGGGGAUCUUCUGACACAGAUUAUGCCAACGUGAUAUACAUUCACCUCAACAUCUGCUUAAAGAAGAAGAGGCUGCAGAUGCUCUGAAGAUGCACACCGAGUGAAUGUACCUCCACGGAUGUGCUGCUGUGAGCACAGGCCAGACCAGGGCCGCAAGCCCGGGGUGGGGCCUGAGAUCUCGUAGCCAAAAGCUGCAAAGGCAGCGCAGCAGGAGCAGGCUGCAGCUGUAAUUAGCUGGUGUGUCUCGGAGAAUACAAAUCCCCACGUGCUGCUGGGAGUUCCUGAUGGCCGUGGGAGUGCUGUAAGCUGCUCAGCUCCGCAAGGCACGCUCGGGCUGCCGUGACCGACACGGUCGGGAAGGGAUCGGCGUUAGAAUUGUAGAGUUAGAGCCAUUACAAAUCACAUGGCUGCUAUGCGCUUUUUCCACUUCAAUAUUCUUUUGUUAGUGCUUGACAGAGGAUUGGAUAAUUUAAUAUUGCAGGCUUUCUGUAGCAUUUUAUUACCCUGGAGUAGCUAAGACCAUUCCUCACUAUGAACCCAGAAAUGAUGGCUUGCUUGGGAGGGAGGAGCACACCUCCCCUCUGCAAGCCUUCAGUCUGGAGUGCUGGUCAAGGGGCAGCACAUCUGUUUGCUUCUGAUCUUGGAGACGCUGUUGGCUGUGCUGUGGUUGAUCCAUGCUGAUUGUCAUUAAUCUUAUAAUACCAUUGACAAUACCAUUGAAAUAUUUUUGCACUGUCUUAAAGAAGCAUCCUGCUUUUGUUUAGUUAAAAAAACAAAACACUGUCCUGAGCAAAGUAAUUGCAGGGAGGUCAGAAUUUCUGACUGAAAAUUAGUGAGCAGGAAGGUCUGGAAUGGUGAUUGCACCUGAGGCAUGUUUGUUGGAGGGUUUUUAUUGGGGAUAUUUUUGCUUUUCCAGCUGCCCUUGUGCUCUGGAAAGUGCAGCUGGAACAAGCCAGUCCUUGCCCAUAAAGUACUGUAAUACUGUCAAUAAAUUCAAGGACUGCAUAUUGAAUGACUUUUUUUUCCUUUCUAUUUUCUCUGACACUUGUGUAGUUGUAUGAUGUGACUCCUGUAUUUCAUGGGCCUGCUUGUAGAGUUCUGAGACAGCACAUCUGCUUUGUUCUUGUCCAUGGUGUGUUAUAAUAAUGCUCUUCAAAACUCCACACUAUUUGUCAUGAUUUUGAAUCACUGUACGUGCCAUUGUUAUGAGAACUGUUAGUAUGGUCUUUAAUAAACUCUUUUAGCAGCA